AUGAUCAAUGGGUACCUGUAUAACCAUCGGUUUCACGGACAGCAUGACCAGCGCGCACUCUGUGAUCUGAUCUGCCUCUUCCUGACGCUCAAGGAGCUCAAGCUUCAGCAGGUAUGCGACCCGCACGGCGAAGGGGACAAUGAUGUUGACGAUAGCUACGACGUCGAAAUCGAGCAUCUCCCCCGCAUCAACUCUGUCGUGUUCGACGAUUCCGGUGCCCCGCUCGUUCUCCUGCGGGUACUGCGCACGGCGGAGCAAAACCUUUUCUCCGCCGCGCGGCACCACCCGCUGCUCGACGGCGGGCUGCUCACGCUGCGCGCGCACCGCAACGCCACGGCGCUCGUGCGUGCGUACCGCGUGCUCUGCGGGUGCAGCCUCGGCGCGGAGCUCGUUGCGAGUGUCGCCACCGCCGCGCCGCGCGAUGCCGCAUCCAGCGAGGACGCGAGCGACAGCGACAAUGAGCUUCCCACCGCCGACGCAAACGUGCAUUCGUGGGACGACAAUGGCAGCGACGUCGAGGACGCAUGGCUCAGCACCGAGAUCCGUGCGGGCUGCUGCAAGGCAGGGAGCGUGCGCAGCGUCGAGGUGCGCGUCGAGGAACCCGACGUCGACGCCGGGGCCGAUCAUGCCUCCCUUGGUCGCGCACACGACAAGCCGCCGCACGCGCCGCGCACGGCGGCGUUCGCGAGCAGCGACAGCUUCGCGCCGAGCAGCCUCAUGGCGACACCCGAGGUGUGGGACGUGAGCGAGAUCGACGUCAGGCAGGUUUUCCUCCGCGCGGUCUCGUACCGGCUGCCCAUGCGCGUGGGCCCCAACGACGAGAUCCUCGGGAGCAUCAUGCACCCCGCCAUGCGUGACUGGCAGCUGGCGCCCGAGCUUGCCGCGCUGGAGAGGAGGACGGUGAAGCAGAUCGACGUCGACAUCCUCGCGGACGUCUGA